GUUGCCAUGGCGGCGGCGGAAGCGGUGCGGUUGCGGCCUGGCUCCGGUGCCGCGGCCCCGUUGCAGGCCCAGCUCCUGCCCUGCGGUAUCCGGUACAACGGCCCCGCGCCUGUGGCCGCCUUCCUGCGGGUGCAGCCCGGGCCCGGAGGCGAGCUGUGGGCUUCGUUCCGGGGCCGGCGCAUGGGGGGCCGGGACCUGCCUCUGCCCCACGGCUACCGGGGGAUGGUGCUGAAGGAAGGGGACCCGCCCCAUGGCGAUGAGGGCCGGUGCGUGGCAGUGAUGGGGACGUUCGAUGCCAUCAGGGACUGGGGGGCCGAUGGCGUCCCCCCCGCUGGGGGUCUGGCCCUGGCGCUGCAGUGGGCGGACAUCGCUCAGGCGAUCCACGCUCCGGUCCCUGACAGCGACGAGGAGGAGGAGCCCUGACAAACCCCACCCCCUUUAUGGGCGGAGCCUGCGCAAGCCCCGCCCACCCCAUUCAAUAAAGGCGCCAAGUGCUGGGUGUUUAAUAA